GUAAAUAAACUCCAACAUUCAAAUAGCACGGCGGAUUGGAAAUGCUAAAUUAGAGGUGGCUUUGGGACUGUAUUGUUAUCGCGUUGAAGAUGACUCUGUUUGGUUAGAUAUUUUCAGUAAACCCUUAAUUUCUGAACUAUUGACCGCAUCAUGUCGUCUGGAGGAGUUUCUCUCAUCAAUAUGUCCUACUGGGAGAGUGGCAAAAGGAGGAUAAGAUUCUUGUAUUUAACAAAUAAUAACUCGUUUAACGUUACUAAAGGAAGCAGACAUGAGGCUCAGAUGAUCCCGCUCUUUCUUGGAGCUGAUCUAUUUUCCGACACUGAUGUUCGUGGUGAAAACCAGCCCAGAUACCACGCCAAAUAUGCUAAACGAGGACUGGCGACUAAACUGGUUUUCUCUUCAGACUGCAGAUUUCAAGGUCUGCGGCUUCCUUGCUCCCACAACAGCCUGUGGUUUUACAGUGUUCAAGGAGUUUUUCGAGUGGCCUUUGAGCUGUAUGGCAGACAAGACCAGCUCUCAGUUAUGGAGUCAUUUCAGGAUCUCUGGAAAUCCCGUAUAAAUGACAACAACCUGAACAUGAGCUAUCAUCUCAGUGCUCACGAUUAUCAACCCCAAAGUGAUCAAGAGCCACCAACAAUAGUGUCAAACAACCACAUGUGUUCAUUACACCAUGACCAAGUGCAAACAGACUUUCCUCCAGACACAUCCUCAUCCACAGACCACGACUACUGUUCCUCAACAGAGCACGCAAACCCAAACCAGUCCACUUUACUCACACACAAGCUUCACAAUCUAGCAGAGAAAGUGAAGUCGUGUUCAAAUAUGGAUGAGGAGACUACAAUGAAGGUCUUGGAGUAUAUUGAACACAGUAUUAAUGGGAUGAUUGAAGAGGAAAUAUUGACAGAUACAGUGAUGGCUCUGUUUCAGACUCAUCUUCAGAGCUUCUCCAUUUACUCCAGCAGUCUGUUGAAGGCUGUCGCAGGUUGGCUCGGUCAGCAGUUUAACUCCGCAAACAGCACUAUUAGCCAGCGGGUGGAAGGCUUUAAGGCCCAGCACAUUGAACAUAUCACAAACCUGCCUCCUCCAGAGGAACUGGCAUCCCAGCUUUUCCCAGAAGCAAUGAGGAAUCUUCUUGCACACUGGAUGGGUCUGAGUGAUGAGGCCGAGGACUGGAAAAGACACAGCGAAUACCCCAUUUUGCUGCUUAUACUUGAAUUUGCCAAUCACAAUCUGGUCACGGGAGUCGCCCAUGUAUUGUACUCCAGCCUGAUAUGCAAAUAAGUGUACAGUUGAAGUCAAAAUACCUCAAACCUGUCUCUUUCUGCUGAUGAACACCAAUGAAAGACAUUUUAAAGACAUUGUAGAGUCUAGAUGGGAUACAGCUGUGGAUAGUCACAUCAACAUAGCACUGUUCAACAAUAAUGAAGAUUUUUACAUUACUGUGAUGGUUGGGUUUAUGUUUGGGCUGAGGGUAGACCUUAAUAAAAUACAAUUUAAUAGGUAAUUUCAUUAAUUAUAUCAAUAAUUCUCUGUAUAAUUACUGUUUACAUUACUGUAAUGGUUGGGUUUAGGUUUGGGCUGAGGGUAGACCUUAAAUUCAAUUUAAUAGGUAAUUUCAUAAAUAAUAAAAAUUAAACUUGGUAUAAUUACUGUUUACAUUGCUGUAAUGGUUGGGUUUA